UGGUAUAACACGAACGGAAAUUAUGAGUGACAAAUCCCUGGUGGUGAAGGGAGGAAGGGGACGCAAAAGUUGACCAAACACACAUGGAAAGAUACGUUGUAUGUAUCUUGAUAUUUUCAGUGGGUGCGUAUGGGGUGGAGUGGCAACAAGCUCUCAAUGUCUACAGCUAUGCCUCCUUCCACUCAGUGACUCCCGUCAAGUACCGCGUCCCGGAGGGAACCAGUCUAGUCACAUGGAACUUCAGAGCCAGUAAAGAUCCCGAAGAUUGUGAUGAUGACCAAGUUGAUGUGUACCUCCAGUAUGGCAGCCUGCCGGUCAUCAGCCCGAAGAACGAGACGUUCCCUGAUCACUUCUACCUCCAACGUUCGCAUCAACAUCAUCUGCAGCUGGUGCCUAACAACAUCAGCGUCCCCGUGUCCGUGUCAUGGCCUACUCCGGGUUACUGGUAUGCCGUCGCCUUCAGACCGUGGCAAGAUACUCGCAUCCAGCAGAAGGGUCUCACCAGAAGCUGUGAGUAUAAAAUCUCUUCCUCUCUGUUCACCGACAUCCAUCCAGACAUAGACACUGUUGCCAUGGGAACAGACAACACCAUGGUUGUUUCCGACUCAGGCCGAACUUUCAGGUUCUAUGUAGGGGAGACAGUGUUACAGUACAGUCUGGGAGUCUCUGGGUGUAACCACACAGACUGCGGCCUACAUGUCACUAUCUAUGAAGCUAACAACAUCUCUGCCAACAGCUCCCUCUGUACUGCCCCGCCAUGCAUGUACACAGUUAUCUCCCCCUGGCUAGGGGCGUGGCAUCAUGUGCAGCUAUUUACAUCUGACCAGGUCGCUGAGGUGACUUUCAAUAUUUCAAGCAUUGACUGUGAUCUGGAGGAGGACGUCAUGGAUGGCAACACAACUGACUUGCCGUCAGCCUCCUCAUGUAACCUGUACCCCAAACUAGAUCGGUUCCAGUACUCCGAUCGAGACUUCCGAGUCGACUAUGUGUAUCUUGUUAAUGACAGCAAGCCAUCCGACAUAUCACUGACCCUGAUGGAUAAUAGAUCAACAGUCAUUCCAUUUGAGCUCAAGGACAUUGUGGAUAUUGGUGGGACUCUUGUCUGGACGGUUGCCAUGGAAGAGGGUGAUGAGGACACAGAUGCUGAGUAUGUCCAGGUUUGUGGGCAAAUCCUUCGGGACAAGAUUCCAGCUCUUGCAUCUGACAACCUAUGUAAUGUCUCCUCCCUGCCCACUAACAUGCUCCAGGUGAACACCAGCACCCCUGAACACAAGGGGCAGGUGCUUGUGCCCUACCCCGAGCCUGGCUUGUGGUCCCUCACCCUCUCGGUGUACUGUUACACAAUGGACAACAGCAGCAUCACCUGGACUCCCUGCUCCAACAACAGCUACAAUGUCAAGAUGAAGCUGGCAACUGACCGCUGUGUGGGCAACACCUGCAGUGGACACGGCAACUGCAAAGAGUACAUUGUCGGCCCAUCCCUCAUCAUCUACUCCACAUGCAACUGUCAGGCCGGUUGGCGGGGCUAUGCGUGCAGUGAUGGGUCGGAGGCAUUCACAGUAGCAUCCCAGCUGGAGGACAUCCUCCUGCUCACUCUCAGCAACUUGUUCUUCCUUCCUGCCAUAGCCCUGGCGCUGUACCGCAGGUUCUACACUGAGGCCCUGGUCUUCACGUACAACAUGUUCUUCUCCACAAUGUACCACGCGUGUGAUGGAGACCGUAUCGCGAUGUACAAGUACUGUAUGAUGGACUACAACAUCCUCAGCUUCUGCGACUUCCUCUCGUCCGUCUGCUCGCUGUGGUUUACCAUCGUUGCCAUGGCGAGGGUACAGGCACCAAUCACAGUCAUCCUCCAGGUGGCAGCACUGCUGGUUCUGCCAAUAGGAGUUCUCAAGGAUCAUACAAGUCUGUGGUUGAUUGUUGUGCCUUUGUUGUGUGGAGUUGUCCUUCUUGCUGUGUCAUGGAGCUUAAAGUGCCGAUCACGCGGCAGGUGCUAUCCUACAUGGAAGAGGUAUGUGUUCUUCCUGCUGCCGGGCGUGGUCAUUGCGGGGUCAGGUGCGGCGGUGUUCUCCUUCGCAGAGACGGUGGAGAACUACCGCUACGUCCACAGCACCUGGCACAUCUGUCUCUUCACCUGUGUCAUCUUCUUCCUCCCCCAGAGAAGAUGGAAAGUAGGUGUAGACAUCAGUAAGAGUUCAACAUCAGAGGGCUCGGUGGAGGAGCUAAUUGCCGUUCAGGACACCGUGACCAGGGUGGUCUGACAACAGCUGCCCUUCAUCAACAACAGUCUGGGAUCGGUACACAUUGCCAGGACUUGGCUGCUUGUAGUAGUUCAGACCAAUGCCGAUUUUAUAGUGCUAGCCCACUGAGAUACCAUGCCACAGUUCAACAUCAAUACCCCACUCAGACACAGUAUACUGACUCCGAGCUGAC